CAGUCAUGAGACCCACCACGGGAGCGCUUCAGCUUUUGUCAGCAGUGUUUUGGGUUUAAAAAAAAACUGUCAUAUAUCCGCAACAAUGGCGGUGGAAACAAUCGCUCCUGACUGGGAAUUUGACCGUUUUGAUGACGGUUCACAGAAAAUACACACGGAGGUUCAGCUGAAAAACUACAGCAGGUUUCUCAAAGAGUACACAUCUCAGCUGAGGGGCAUCGAGGAAGCUCUUGAUGAUUCCUUUGGAGAUGUGUGGGAUUUCACUCUGGACCCCAUUGCUCUGAAGCUCCUCCCAUAUGAGCAGUCUUCAUUGCUAGAGUUAAUUAAAACAGACAACAAGGUUCUGAACAAAGUCAUCACAGUCUAUGCUGCUCUCUGUAGUGAGGUGAAACAACUCAAGUAUGAGGCAGAAACCAAAUUCUAUAAUGGCUUAAUGUACUAUGGAGAAGGAGUGCCUGGCACCAGUGCUGUUGAAGGAGAGUCGCAGAUUCAGAUGGGCAGAUUUAUCUCCUUCCUUCAGGAACUCUCCUGCUUUGUGUCAAGAUGUUAUGAAGUAGUGGUCAACGUUGUUCAUCAGCUGGCUGCACUUUAUAACAGUAACAAAGGUGCAACAAAAAUCAUUGAGUCGUCAGGUGUCCACUUCCAGAUAGUUUAUGAACACCUUGGACAGCUGCUAGUGGUGCUGCUCACACUCGAUGAGAUUAUGGAAUAUCAUACCACACUAAAAGAUCACUGGAAGAUGUAUAAAAGGUUAUUGAAAUCUGUGCAUCAUAAUCUUGGAAAAUUUUCCAUUCCUGAAGAGAAGCUGAAACCAUUUGAGAAGCUUCUGCUGAAGCUGGAGGGUCACCUGCUCGAUGGCAUGAUACUACAGGCCUGUGUGGAGCAGAGAUUUGAUGAUUCUGGGGAAGGAAUUGGUGUUGCAAAAAACAGUGCCUUUGCUGAGGAGUUUGCCUUCAACAUUCGCACCAUAUUCAGCAGUGUUGAGGCUAAAAUCGGCGAGCCUUCAGAGAUUGACCAGAGAGAUAAAUACGCUGGGGUCUGCGCUCUCUUUGUGCUUCAUUUUCACAUCUUCAGGAGUGUGGACAAAAAGCUAUACAAGGCGUUGUUGGAUGUCUGUAAAAAGGUACCAGCUGUCACUUUGACAGCCAAUAUCAUCUGGUUUCCUGACACUUUCCUCAUUACAAAGGUCGUACCAGCAGCUAAGCUCAUGGAUAAAAAGAGUCUACAGGCCAUCAGAUUGCAGAGAGACAGCUACCUGCAGCAAAGAGCACAGAUGCUGUCAAAGGAUGUCCAGUCCUACAUGUUUGUAACUUCCUGGAUGAUGAAGAUGGAGUCAAUCUUGUCUAAGGAGCAGAAAAAUGACAAGCUGCCAGAAGACCUCAACAGCAGGUGUAAUGUUUUUUUACAGGGUAUCCUACAUGCAUACAGCAUUAGCACCAUAAUCAAGACAACCAUGAACAUGCACAUGUCAACACAGCGACCCUUGACCAAGACCUCAGUCAAAGCACUGUGUCGACUGAUCGAGUUGCUCAAGGCUGUGGAACACACGUUCCACAGACGGUCCAUUGUUGUAGCGGACUCAGUUUCUCACAUCACUCAGCAGCUCCAGUCACAGGCCCUCAUCACCAUCGGCAUUGCCAAGAAAAGGGUGAUUUCAGACAAAAAGUACAGUGAGCAGCGGCUGGACGUGUUGUCAUCUUUGGUACUGGCAGAAAAUGCUCUCAUUGGACCGAGCACAAAGGAGCGUCGCCUCGUGGUGUCUCUAGCUCUCUGCGUUGGUACACAGUUGAAAACAUUCAAAGAUGAGGAACUUCUUCCGUUACAGCUUGUGCUGAAGAAGCUUGAUCUGAUUAGUGAGCUAAGGGAAAGGGUCAAAGUUCAAUGCGACUGUAGUUUUCUCUACUGGCAUCGAGCUGUUUUUCCUAUAUAUCUCGAUGAUGUAUACGACAAUGCAGUUGACGCAGCAAGAAUACACUACAUGUUUAGUGCACUGAGAGACAGUGUGCCCAACAUGUUGCACGCUAAACACAUGGAGUCAUGCAACCAGCUGCUGGAGUGCUAUGAUGAGGAGAUCAUGGAUGUGUUCAAUGAGCACCUACUUGACAAGCUGUGUAAGGAGAUUGAGAAGGACCUGCGGCUCUCUGUGCACACCCACCUGAAGCUGGAUGACAGGAACCCAUUCAGAGUUGGCAUGAAGGAUCUGGCUCACUUCUUCUCCCUUAAACCCAUACGAUUCUUCAACCGAUUCAUAGAUAUCAAAGCCUAUGUGACGCACUACUUGGAUAAAACAUUCUACAACCUUACCACUGUUGCUCUCCACGACUGGGCCACCUACAGUGAGAUGAGAAACCUCGCCACACAACGCUACGGACUUGCAAUGACAGAGGCGCACUUACCAAGCCAGACCCUGGAGCAGGGUUUGGACGUACUGGAGAUCAUGAGGAACAUUCAUGUUUUUGUCUCGAGGUACCUUUACAAUCUCAAUAACCAGAUCUUCAUAGAAAAGACGAGCAACAACAAGCACUUGAACACCAUCAACAUCCGUCACAUCGCCAACUCUAUCCGGACCCACGGGACAGGCAUCAUGAACACAACGGUGAAUUUCACGUACCAGUUCCUGCGGAAGAAGUUUUACAUUUUCAGUCAGUUUAUGUACGACGAACAUAUCAAGUCCAGGCUCAUCAAGGACAUCCGCUUCUUCAGAGAAACAAAGGACCAGUCUGAUCAGAAGUACCCGUUUGAGCGCGCGGAGAAGUUUAAUCGUGGCAUCAGGAAGCUCGGCAUCACUCCAGACGGACAGAGCUACCUGGACCAGUUCAGGCAGCUCAUCAGCCAGAUUGGUAAUGCCAUGGGUUAUGUGCGUAUGAUCCGCUCUGGAGGCCUCCACUGUUGCAGCAGUGCCAUCAAGUUUGUCCCGGACCUGGAGGACAUUGUGAACUUUGAGGAGCUGGUGAAGGAGGAGGGGCUGUCAGAAGAAACCCAGAGAGCUUCUAGUAUCCUUGAUUCCGUAUUGGGGGAUCUAACGAGUAACUCUGCAGAGGGGACGGAGUACUUCAAAAUGCUGGUGGCAGUGUUUGCACCAGAGUUUCGUAGUGCCAAGAAUAUGCACUUGAGGAAUUUCUACAUGAUUGUUCCCCCACUGACAGUGAAUUUUGUGGAGCAUUCAAUCAACUGCAAAGAGAAACUUAACAAGAAGAACAAAACAGGAGCCGCUUUCACAGAUGAUGGCUUUGCUAUGGGUGUGGCAUAUAUUCUAAAAUUGCUGGACCAGUAUCUGGAGUUCGACUCGCUGCACUGGUUCCAGGCUGUCAGAGAUAAGUACAAGAAGGAGCUGAAUGCAGUGGUGAAGGAGCAGAAUGUCCAGUCUGCAAGCCAGGAUGAAAAAUUGAUGCAGACGAUGAACCUCACUCAGAAAAGGCUGGACGUCUACCUUCAGGAGUUCGAAUUGCUCUACUUCUCCUUAAGCAGUGCACGGAUCUUCUUCAGAGCAGACAAGACAGCAGCUGAAGAGACUCAAGAGAAGAAAGAAGCUUCCAAAUCAGAUGGCUCCAUCCCUUCUGAACCAGCAGCAAAGUGACCCACACCAUGACAUCAGCAGGAGAAUGUUAGUUCCAAAUCUGAUGGCACGCUACAGUUAAUAUGGUGUGCUCUCAAGCAGCAGAUGUGUUCAAGUGAUGGAACAGCCUUUGGAUUUAGUUUUGAAAAGCUCAUUGUGUCAAAUUAGCUUUAGAGAACAUGCAUUCAAAGUGCUGCUGAAGUUACUUGUUUUUUUCUGUUUUGAACCUAAAUGUCUUUAUCAGCACUUUUGUAGCACGUAUGGAAAGGUCAGCUGGUGCACGAGAGCGACGUGGAGCCUUUUGAUACUUUUACAAUGUAGAUUGACAGAUAUUUUUCUACAGCUGUAGACGUCUGAUCAGAGACCAAAUUAAUCAGCAUGCUCAGUGUUUUGUUUCUGUGAUCAUUUUGUAACGUCAGCCCUCAGUGCAUAAAUGGUUUGCAUUGUUUGCCUUUUUUUCUAAAUUUCAGUGAAUAUGCCUUCUCUAAACUGCAUUAUUUUUAUUUAAUUUAAAAGAAAUAUCUAAUCACAAACGUCCGUUGAUCUGCACAGUAUUGAAGCCUCAUUAUUGCUACACUGCAGUGGAGACAUGUUUUGUACUAACCUACCAUAAGACUUUGUCCAAAUAAUGUGUAAAGUCAGUGAUUAAUAAAAUUUGCACUUUCAACAAACAUGUCAGUUUCAGGUUUUGUGGUGAAUGUUACCGACAGUGGACCGGCAAAGUGUGUGUGUGUUAGUGUUUUGAAAAUGUACAGCUGCACAACUCGUUUUUGAAUAUCUCCACCAGAAUGUUAACUGGAGUUAUACAAUAAAUACCACACACAGCAACUCAAGAAAGCCAUUUCUGCUUUAAUACAAAGAGGCUUUUCACUUCACAAAAUACAAGAUUGGUCUGAUUUUUUUUUCCUCCUAAUUAUUUUCCUUUUACUAAGAAAUGCUGCCGUUUAAACAGCUUAAGUUGAAAUACCCACUUUUUCUCCUCAUUUUUCUGGUUGACAUUCAGCUCUUCCUCCUGUGACAUUUUCUACACCUCUACCCAAGAGGUUACAUUUUUGCCCAUGUUAACAUUACCGAAAAUAAUGAACCAGAUAAACCAAAUAUCACAAGGUUGAGCCUGGGCAGUCAGAGAUCUGCAAAAAGUGGUGCAGCCAAGACGUGUAAAAGACAGUGGGCCAAAACUAAUACAGCAUGAUGACCUGUUUUACUAAUGCAGAAUAAAUUUGGGUGAAAAUGUUCAGCUUGGACUCAAAUAAGUGCAAUUGUGUGCUGGAUCCUGACAA